ACUGCCUUCAUUUCAUCGACGGCCGGCAAACGUUAAAGACUGUGAAACUGUGAGAGCGCGCGCUGCCGUUGAAUCUCAAGAGGCACGAUUAGAGGCCGGCGUGGUAGACCCUAGACCAGCCCAGCCCAGCCCAGACACCACACCACACCACACCACCCACUUAUCACACUCGGGUGUGAUUAGAUGUGCGAUUAGCUACACGAUACCCCAAAGCACAAGCGAGCGAGAGAGAGACAGAAGAGAGUGAAGAAGAAAUGGGAGCCACUUUGGGAGCCUGGGACUAUGCCAUCCUGGCGGUGGUGCUCAUCAUCUCUGUGCUGAUUGGCCUCUACUACCGAUUUGUGGGCCAGAGGCAGAGCACCACAACGGAUUACCUGCUGGCUGGCCGCUCGAUGGGCGUCACCCCGGUGGCGUUUAGUCUGAUGGCCAGCUUCAUGUCGGCCAUCACCAUACUGGGCGUAUCGAUGGAGAACUACCAGUUCGGGACCAUGUUCGUGAUGAUCAAUCUGUCGUAUGUGAUAUCCACGCCCAUUGCCGCCUACCUCAUCCUGCCGGUCUUCUUUCGCCUGAAGACGGCCAGCGUGUAUGAAUAUCUGGAGCUGAGGUUCGGCUAUGGCGCCCGAUUGGCCGCCUCCGUAAGCUUCUCGCUGCAGAUGAUCCUCUACAUGGGCAUUGUGGUGUAUGCCCCGGCCCUGGCCCUCGAGGCCGUCACGGGCGUCAAUCAGAUCUUCUCGAUUGUCAUCGUGGGCGUCGUGUGCACCUUCUAUGCCACAAUUGGCGGCAUGAAGGCCGUGCUCGUCACGGACAUCUAUCAGUCGCUGCUGAUGUUCGUCGCCGUCUUCAGUGUGAUCAUCUGUGCCUGGGUGAAGUCUGGCAGCCUCGGGGAGAUCUGGCGCACGGCGCAGGAGAACGGACGCAUCGACUUCACCAACUUCAGUGUGGAUCCAACGGAGCGGCACACCUGGUUCACCCAGAUCCUGGGCGGCUGUGCCACCUACCUGGCCAUCUACGGCGUCAAUCAGGCCCAGGUGCAGCGCCUGCUGGCCGUCCGCAAUCUGAGCUCGGCCCAGGCGGCGCUCUGGUGGUGCCUGCCCAUCCUGUGCCUGCUCAGCCUGAGCACCUGCUUCUCGGGGCUGUGCAUCUACUGGUACUACCGCGACUGCGACCCCGUCCUGGAGGGACGCGUCAAUUCGCGGGAUCAGGUUAUGCCCCUGUUCGUGGUGGACACCAUGGGCGAGUACACCGGCCUGGCGGGGCUCUUCGUGUCGGGCAUCUUCUGUGCGAGCCUCUCCACCAUUAGCUCGAUCAUCAGCUCCCUGGCGGCUGUCACCCUGGAGGACUACCUCAAGCCGCUCUUCAAGUGCUGCUCCAGUCGCGGCGGCAGCCUCUCGGACCGCCAGACCCUGCUGUACUCCAAGCUGCUGUCCGUGUUCUAUGGCCUGCUGUGCAUUGGUCUGGCAUUCCUAGCCGGCUCCAUUGGGGGACUGCUGCAGGCGGCGCUCUCCAUUUUCGGCAUCGUCGGGGGACCGCUGCUGGGCCUUUUCACCCUGGGCAUGUAUGUGACGUCGGCCAACCAGAAGGGGGCUGUCGGGGGGCUGCUCAUUUCGUUGGCUCUGUGCUUCUGGAUUGGAUUCGGGCAGCCGAAACCGCCGCUGGUCAGCCUGCCCAUGUCCACGGCGGGAUGUCCGAUUGAUAAAUCCUACGCCAGCGACGCAUUCUACGUCAAAGUGAAGCCGGAGCAGCGUCAGGAUGAGGAUUACUUUUACCUGUACAGGAUCAGCUACAUGUGGUAUGCCGCCCUGGGCUUCCUGGUGGCCUUCUUCGGGGGCUGGCUGAUCUCCUGGCUGUGUGCGCUGCUCAAGUGGGACGACAAUCGGCGCAUCUACCAGGACGCCGAGUGCACGCUGAUCAAGCACGAUCUGUUUGUGCCUCCACUGGCCAAGAGGCUGCAGCGGCGUCAGAUGCCGCGGCUGGUUGUUACCGGCACCAGUUCGGAGAUUGGGGGCAUUGCAGUGGUGGCGCCGCUGCGACUCGAUCAGAUCGAGUGGGAGAAGCAGAAGGACGUGGCGUAGCGCAGAAGUUUUCUUUCUUUAUUGCAUAAUAUAACUUCAUAACUUUGGGCCACACAACAAUAAUAAACACAAUAAAAAAAUAAAGGAAAGACGAG